AUGAAUAAAAUAAAUGAAAAUGAAACAGUUCCUUCACAAACCUUAAACAUUGAAACAACACCAACAAUAAGUAGCGCCGGUGGAAUUGGAAGCCUCAUAAAACUACUCCCAACAGGGACAAUUUUCUUAUUCCAAUUCUUAAACCCUGUUCUCACCAACAGUGGUCAGUGCAAAACCAGCAACAAGUACCUCACCUCAAUUCUACUUCUUACAUGCGGUUUCAACUGUUUCUUUUCAACUUUCACAGACAGUUACACAGGAACUGAUAAAAAGAGACACUACGGCGUUGUAACAACUAAAGGAUUAUGGCCUUCACCGGAGUCGACGAGUUUGGUUGAUUUAUCAAAGUAUAGGCUUAGGGGUAGUGAUUUUGUGCAUGCUUCUUUGUCUUUGCUUAUUUUUGCAUUACUUGGACUUCUUGAUACAAAUACUGUGCACUGUUUUUACCCUUCUUUUCAGUCAACUCAGCAGCGUCUUCUGCAGGUUUUGCCUCCAGUUAUUGGUGUGUUUGUUGGUUGGAUAUUUGUGAUAUUUCCACAACAUAGACAUGGAAUAGGAUAUCCUGUUACUACAGAUGAUUCUCAUGAAUCCUCUAGAAUAUCAAAUAAUACACAGGAAUCUCCACAAAAUCCAACUCAUAAUGUUUAG